CUUCAUCGCUCCCCCCGGUGCAUUGUGGGAUAGUGGCGGCCCGGCCCGGCAGCGCCCCCUCCUCCCUCCCCCUCCCCAGCUCCUUCUCCAUCCCCAGGUCCAAGAUGGCGGCGGCGGCGGCUCCUCCGGCCCCAUCCCCGCCGCCCCCUGCGCCGGCGGGCCCGCGCUGCCCGGGCUCCUGGCCCAACUUCGCCGUUGUCUGCUCCUUCCUCGAGCGCUACGGGGCCCUGCUGGACCUGCCCGAGCUGCCCUUCCCCGAGCUGGAGCGCGUCUUGCAACCACCGCAGGAGCCCGGAGACCAGGUACCAAAAGAAUUGGUGGAGCUUCACUUGAAACUGAUGAGAAAGAUUGGGAAGUCUGUCACAGCAGACAGAUGGGAAAAAUACUUGAUCAAGAUAUGUCAAGAAUUCAACAGCACUUGGGCUUGGGAGAUGGAAAAAAAAGGAUACCUAGAAAUGAGUGUUGAAUGCAAACUGGGGAUUCUGAAGUAUCUCUGUGAAUGUCAAUUUGAUGACAAUCUAAAGUUUAAGAAUAUCAUUAACGAGGAGGAUGCUGAUGCCAUGCGUCUGCAGCCCAUUGGUCGGGACAAAGAUGGCCUCAUGUAUUGGUAUCAGCUGGAUCAAGAGCAUAAUGUCAGGAUGUACAUAGAAGAACAGGAUGACCAGGAUGGAUCCACAUGGAAGUGCAUUGUUAGUGUGUUUUUCUCCUCUAGAAACCGCAAUGAGCUUGCUGAGACCCUUGAGCUCUUGAAAGCACAAAUUGAUCCUGCUCUGUUGAAAAACAACAAUUCUCAGCAGGAGAAUUCAUCACGUGAAAGUCCAAGCAUAGAAGAUGAAGACACCAAAAAGGGUGAAGAAGACACCAAAAAGGGUGAAGAAGACACCAAAAAGGGUGAAGAAGACACCAAAAAGGGUGAAGAAGACACCAAAAAGGGUGAAGAAGCUGCACAAGAAAAUCAAUUGAAAAUCAAAGAAGAAAAAGAAGAGGUAGAGGAACAGUCAGUGGAAUCAGAAAGCCUUCCUCCUCCUGUGGUCAAAGAAGAUGAAAAUGCACUAAAAAUUGAGAAAGUGGAAGAAAAAGAAAUUAUAAAAUUGCCAGUGAUAGUGAAAUUAGAGAAACCUUCAGAACACAAUGAAGAAAAGCAAACUGUCAAGGAAGAAAAUGACUCCUUUAAGGAAAAUGUCAAGCCUGUUAAAGUAGAGGUGAAGGAAAACAAAACAGAACCCAAAGACCUAAAAGAAGUAAAAAGCUGUGUAGACAAAAUAGUUCAUGAGCCAGAGAGGCUAGAAUUUUGUGUUAAUGUCAAAACUCCACAAGAAAUUGUGGAGAAAUCUGUGGAAGAAAGUGAAAAACUUAAAAAUGACCAGCAGGCAAAAAUACCACUUAAAAAGCGAGAGAUCAAACUGACAGAUGACUAUGAUAGUCCAAUAAAAGGGCCCAUGUGUAAAUGUGUUACUCCAACAAAGGAUGUCUUGAAGGAAGAAGGGAAACCAGAAGAAGAAGCUUUUAAGAGAGUCCCUACCAUUACUGCUCUAUGUCCUGAUGGGAAAGUUCUAGUAAAUGGAGAGGUUAGCUGUGAAAAAGUAACCCCAAGUGUCAUACAAAAUAGUAAGUCAGAACACUCUGCUGGUGCUAUGGAAGACAGCCCCUCAUUAAAAGAGAAAAAUGGAAAAAGUGGGGAAAAAGUAUCAGACUCCCUAAAUUCUGUUAGUAAAAUUAUAAAAACAUGUGAGAUUGAGAAAAAUGCAGUAACUGUCCUGAAAGAGAUCGGGACUGUGGUCUCUGAGGUUUCUAAUCAGAAAGUGCCUUCAAAGGAGGAAUCUAGUCCUGUGGAAAAAGAGUCUCUUGACAGCACAACUACUGAGACAGUAGCAGAAGAGUCUUCAAAACCUGAAGACUGUGCCAAAACAACUGCAGAGAAUCAAGCCACUGAUCUCAAAAACGACAACCUGCCACCACCCAAAGAAUGUUCAGAGAAGCUAGAGAUGUCCCCAAAUUCAUCUGUUCCUGCAGAACUGCCUGAGCCUGCAGUGGCUGAGGAAGAGACUUUGAAAAGUAAAGAUGAGCCUGAGGAGAAAAACGACUUUCCAGAAGCUGCUGAGAUACCUCCUGCAUCCACUUCACCUGUUACAGUAGAGAAACCUGUUUCGGAAAAGGAGGACUCCGAUAGUAAAAUGGCUCUACCUGAGGAGAGCAAAGUAGAAGAAAAAUCCAGCCCUGAAAAACAAAAGGAAGAACCAGAAGCUGCCAAAACAGAGCCAGAUAGAUUAGAUGAUGCCCAUGCAUCGAAUCCAGAGGACUCCUCAGAGAGUAAAAAGGAAUCUCCAGUACCUAAAAGCAAAUUUAAAUACAAGCUGGUUUCUGAAGAAGAAACCUGUGCAACAGAGAAUAAAGAAAUAACUUCUGAAAGACAAAAAGAAGGAAUUAAAUUAACAAUCAGGAUCUCUAGUCGGAAGAGAAAGACAGAAACACCGCCAGAAGAGGUCAGCAUUGGCCGUACAUUAAGGCGGUCACCAAGAAUAUCCAAGCCUACUCCGAAAGUUGUGGAGACUCGGGAUCAGAAGCCUGAGAAGAAGCGACCUGAAGAGGAAGAGGAGAAACCUGCAGCACAAAAACCAGAACGAAAAGAAGAUGCAAAAAAGCAGGAGAAGGAGACAAAUUCUAAAGUUAACAAGAGAAGCAAAGUUCGGUGGACGGGUACACGGACGCGUGGCAGGUGGAAAUACUCAAGUAAUGAAGAGACUGAGGACUCUGAGAGUGAAAAAAACUCUGAGGAGGAGGAAGAAGAGGAGGAAGAGGAAGAAGAAGAAGCUCCACCUGCUGAUGACGAUGAGCCCUGCAAGAAGUGUGGCCUUCCCAAUCAUCCUGAGCUGAUUUUGUUGUGUGACUCUUGUGACAGUGGCUACCACACAGCCUGCCUUCGCCCUCCACUGAUGAUCAUCCCUGAUGGAGAGUGGUUCUGCCCGCCUUGCCAGCAUAAAUUACUCUGUGAGAAAUUAGAGGAACAAUUACAAGAUCUGGAUGUUGUCUUAAAAAAGAAGGAGCGUGCAGAACGCAGAAAAGAGCGAUUGGUGUACGUGGGUAUCAGUAUUGAGAACAUCAUUCCACCUCAGGAGCCGGAAAUACCUGAAGGUCAGGAAGAAAAGAAGAAAGAUUCCAAAAAGCCUAAAUCGAAACUUGAAAGGAGAUCUACUAGAACCCGAAAAUGCAUAAGCUACAGGUUUGAUGAAUUUGAUGAGGCAAUUGAUGAGGCAAUUGAAGAUGAUAUCAAGGAGGCUGAUGGAGGAGGCAUUGGCAGAGGCAAAGACAUGUCAAAUAUCACAGGUCACCGUGGAAAAGACAUUUCUACAAUCCUAGAGGAGGAAAGGAAGGAAAACAAGCGACCACAAAGAGCUGCUGCAGCACGACGCAAGAAACGACGGCGACUAAAUGACUUGGAUAGUGACAGUAACAUGGAUGAAGAAGAGAGUGAGGAUGAAUUCAAGAUCAGUGAUGGAUCUCAGGAUGAGUUUGUUAUAUCAGAGGAAAAUCUGGAUGAAAGUGAAGAUGACCCACCAUCAAACGAGGACAGUGACUCUGAGUUCUGCGCCCGCAUCUCCAGGCGACACCUCUCCAGGCCCAUGAGGCAAAGCCGGCGGUUACGAAGGAAAACAGUCAAGAAAAAAUACUCUGAAGAUGAUGAAGACGAAGAGUCUGAGGAAAAUUCAAGCAGAGAGUCUGAGAGUGGUGAUUACACAGAUUACAGUGACGAUGAUUACCUGGAAACUAGGAGGAGAAGAUCAAGACGGAAUCAGAAGAGACAAGUUAAUUAUAAGGAAGAUUCAGAAAGUGAAGGCUCACAGAAAAGUGUCCGAUAUGGGAAGGAGUUGAGAAGAGUUCAUAAACGCAGGCUCUCCACUUCAGAUAGUGAAGAGAGCUACGCAUCUAAGAACUCUGAAGAUGAUGAAUCCACAAAGGAGUCAAAGCGAUUGAUUCGAAAACGUCGGCGAAGUACAGAUGACUAUUCUGAGGAAGAAGGAGAGGAUGAGGAGGAAGAAGGGAAGCCUGUCCGCAAACGCCUGAAUCGAAUUGAGACCGACGAGGAAGAUGCGUGUGAAAAUGCGAACAACGAUGCAGAAACCCCCGCUCCUGCAGAUAAGCUGCCAGCAGCACAAGCCCCCCAAGAAAACCCCAAGAAGCACUGCUACCGGAUAGAGAGUGAUGAUGAAGAUGACUUUGAUAAUGUAGGGAAAGUAGAAAGCCCUUUGGACUACAGCCUGGUGGACUUGCCUUCCACCAAUGGACAGAGCCCAGGGAAAACCAUUGAGAACUUGAUUGGCAAGCCAAGCGAGAAGACCCAGGCCCCCAAGGACAGCACAGCCAGCGCCAGCCUGGCACCCAAUGGGACAGGGAGCGGGCAGGAAGCGGUAGGGCCAGAGGAAGAUGAAGAUGAACUUUUGAGAGUGACUGACCUUGUUGAUUACGUCUGUAACAGUGAACAGUUAUAAGACUUCCAUUUUUGUGCUAAUUUAUUCCACGGUAGCUCAUACCAGCGGGCCAGUUAUUAAAAGCUGUUUUAUUUUUCCUAGAAAUUUCUCCACUACAGUAUCACUUUCUAGAAGCAAGAAUUUCACCAGUCCUGCAGUCUUUCUGUGAAGUGACCAGUUUUGAACUUUGAAGAUGAAUUGCUGUAAAUUCCCUCUCUUACCCCCCUUCUCCUUCCAAGUCCAUGGUCCUGGGUAAUUUCACUCACAAAAACCUUAUAACAACAAGAGAUUUGUAUAUUUUUGACUUUAUAUUUCCUGAGUGCAUACAAAUUUGUGGAAAUGGGUGGCCUAAGAAAGCAUUCCAAAUCAGUCAGGGCCCAAACCGGAACUGGGGUGGGUUUGGCUCAAGGGGUGGGGGGACGGGAGGGGGGUGGUGCAGAAGCACUUGUGCUUUAGCUUUUUCAUAUGAGAUAUAUAUUAUAUUUAAAUGUUCACAACUUAGAUUACAACUUAACAGACAGUUGAAAGCAAAAUUAAUGUCUGUACUGUCGCAUUUUGUGAGUUGUAGGUUAACAUACCAUAGCUCAUUUUAGUAAUCACCUUCAUGGAAGCAGUUUGAUUUUAAUACUGGAGGCAAACAGAAUUAUUAGAGGCCAAGAAGGUACCAUAAACAAGAACUCUGCUAUUCAUUAUGACUUGCAGACUUUCCUAAUAAACAUCCUUUAAAGUGUUUGUACAGUGAAGUGUACUGUAAUGAAGUUUUUGACAGUCAAAACAUUCUAGCCAUGAAUUUCUAAAGUUAUCUCAUGCACAGUUCAUCAGAUGGCCUUCAAUGCACAGUGUCUAGUGGGAGGACAUAUUGAUGUCAAGUAAGUCUGUAAGCUGGAUGUCAAGUAAGUCUGUAAGCACUGCGAACUUUUACAGACAAAAGAACCCUGCGGUCGCUGCCCGGCCACGUGAAUUUCAUCACCAGUCGGAGUACUCUGAACAAAAUGUGUUUGUACAAACGGCAUUGACCACAGAAUGACAGUGCAUAAGAGGAUGGAGGGAUUUUCAAAUAAAUCAUGACUGGUCCAUUCAUGCCCUUAAUAUCUACUUCAAAUUGAAGUAAACAAAUGGAACAGUUUUCCUUUUGGAGGUUUCCUGUUUGGGAUUUGUGUGUGGUUUUGUUUUGGUUUUACUUAUCUGCCUGGAUGUAUCAGCAGGUUUUGAAUGUAGUUGUUGGCCUUUGGCCAUUAGAAUUUUCUUAAAAAUACAGUUUAAUAACUGUCAUGUGACCAACUGAUUUCAAGAAGGCAGAGUUUCUGAGAGAAAACGCUUGACUCCAAGACAUCUCAUCAACUUUUGAGCAGGAAUGAAAUGAUAUGAAGCUUUUAUUCAAGGGGGAAAAAAAAGACAAUGGAGGAAUAAAAACCCCACCAAAUCAACAUGGGGCACAUCAAGAGCAUUCCGUUUUCUCUUUGCUCUGAUUAAGAUGCAGGCUGUAGCAUUUGUACAUGUUGUAGGACACAGACAGUUCAAACAGAUCUGCCAAACAUUGAAAUCCUAAAAGGUCACAGCUAUUAAUCCUUUUGCUCUGAGAUUUGGAUUUUUGACUGGUGUUUAUGUCCAUUGCCGGCAAUGGAUGCACCAAAACUGCUGCUGCCACUGAGGAGUGAGUUCUCCUUUCUUGCCCCACCUGAUUCCCUUCCAUUACAUUGUAUUUACUAGUCAGUCAUUAAGCACUUCUGUUUUCUUGCAAUAAAACCAGCAUUAGGCCUUUACUAAAUACCACUCUAGAAAACCUAGAUCCAAAAUUUACUUACCUUCUGGCCUUCUAAAGUCUUGGUUUUAUUUCCCCACCUCUUCUUCCACAAGGUCAGUCAGAACCACUCCGUGACUCUUACUUGUUUGGGUUCCAGCAGUGCACCUAUCAUGCUAUAAAACUAGGAUCAGAAAGAUGCAAAAAGAUGGAACUUGCUCAUUAUCUGAUGUGCUAAGCAAGCUUGUGAUUAAAAACAAAGAGAAAUCACUCUCUACAUGGCAGUUUGAUUUCAUCAAAGAUUAAACGUUUUCCUACCUUACUGAUGUUAACAAUUAACAGUUAAAUGAUUAAAAGGGGGUAGUGAAGAGCCACAGAACCUUAAAAUGAGUUCUUAAAAGCAUAUGUAGCGUUGUAAGCUACUCUAGUGCUUUUCUUCGCCUAGGUGAUGUGUAAAUGUAGUGCUUCUAAAUUCUAAUAUACUUGUGUGUUAGAAGAAGAACAUAAGGCUUCCAUGUGUCCAUGGUAGUAUCUGUUGAGCAUUUUUAAUACUUGCAGUGCAAACUGGUUCACAUCCAUCAAUUUUGUGUAAUCAAUGAUUCCUCAUUUGUUUUGGCAGUGCCAUAUUUUCUUUUGCUGUCUGAUGGAACCUUUUAGUAUCUGAUCAAACAUUCUUGCUUGUAGAGUCAACUACAAAAGCUAAAUACUUAGUGGGAAUGUACUUGUGUAUGUAAGAAAUUAAAAAAGUUGCAAUUCUGGAUAUACCAAUCAUGAAAAAAAUUGAGUACUGAGUUAGAGCAAUGUAAAAGCAGGAAAGACUGGGAAGCAAAAUAGGAGCAUUGAAGCUUGCAUCAGAAGUGUCAUGUUUCAAAAAUGGCCAGUUGUUACCAAAUUGUACUUUCUAUAAGUCUCUUCUUAAAAGCAACUUUUCUGUCUUCUAAGAAGUCACCCUUGGUAUCUGAUAUGUCUUCAUCCCACAGGAUCUAGAGUUCUUCCUUAGAUCAGUGGGAAUGGUGUGCAAGAAAAAACUGCAAAAAAUUAUCUGAAAAGUAAUACCAUUUUAAAACUUGGUAUUUAUGUCAUUUUUAAGGCUUUCUGCUUGGUGGAAAACAUACCAUCUCCUAUUUGGGAAGAUGACGUUUUUUGACAAGAGGCCAGCUAUCACACAGGGCUCAUGCUGUUACAAUAUGUCUAUGUAAUUCCAGAGUGAAAAUGUCUUCCUGGUGUCCUUACAGUCUUGUGCCCUUCUGUGCUCCGUGUGAGAUCAGAAGUUAGGUGUCUUUGAAUAGUGAUCUUCAGGUGUAGCUUUGGGCUUAAAGCUCAAACCAUAUGGGAAAUGGGAAACAGACCUGGGAUUGAUUUUAAUGAGAACAAGCUACUGGCUGAGCAUGCAGAGCAUUUAUUCAGCAAACUUGUUUAUUCCACAAUGAUUGUCACUAAAAGCUUUGUCUUUUUUUUACCUGCAAGCUCUUCUGUAUAUAUAUUGGGAAGAAAGCUGAUUUCUGUACGUAGUCUAAGUAGCACUGCUGGGAAGAAGAAUAUAUAAAUCAAGUGGAGGAAUGGAUGUUCUUUGUGCCACCAAGAUAAAUGCUGGCUGUUUGCUUCCCUGUGUGGGCCUUCUGUGACUCGGCGACAAAAAAACACACAAGCAGGGCCACUCUGCAGUAAUGAAUGGGGUGUGUUAAUCUGAGCAGAAAGGGGAUAGAAUUAACUGGGUUGGUUUCACCACAGUCUCUGUCUUCUGUUUGUUGAGUCUGAUAAACGUGAGCAUAUUCUUGAUAUAAGAUAGAAAAUGACAUCGCAUUUAACAACCCUUCAUUAGUAAGGUCAGUGCUGAACAAUCAACGUUUUGAUACUUUCAUUUUGUACAUGCUGAAUUGCAUUAUAAAAUCACUUCAUCUUCCUGAUUAUUUUUUAGAAUGAAAAGAUUGUUCUGGUCUAGCAGCAUUUAGGAGAAACAACAGACUCUUUUUUCGAAAAAGCUCAUUUUUGAAGUGUCACCUUCAAGAUUUUGUUGUAUUAAGUGUCUCGGUUACUCUCCAUAUUAUGGGAGCCAAUUACUUAGUUGGACUUUUCUGUUCACUUCUGUUUUCUAAUUGCUGUGUCUGAACUCUUGAUGAGAGACCUUAAAUUGAGAAGCUCGAGGAGCAAAAGAUGUAUGUUCACAAAAGAAAAAUUGUAUGGUAGUGGUACAUUUGCUCUGAUUUCUUUUCACAUCUAUUAUUUGAACUACACUGGUAUCCAGAUGCUACGACUGUUUAAUAAUUUUAAUCCUUCAUUGUCAGGGGGUCCAUUUUAUACCUCUGUUUUCAGGUGCUUAGGACAUGGUUUUCAGUUUUCUUCAGUAGGAAGCUCUAGUCUAAACCUUCAAAUAAUGAUUUCAAAUCACAUGUUUUUACAAACUUCCUUUAUGAAAAGUAAACAAGGAAUUUUUAUGGCCUCUGUUUUUUUAAAUUCACUUUGCACACAAUGAUUUAAAUAAAUCAUGGCAGUAAUGCUUGCCCCCAGAACUGGUCUGACAAAGAGAAUUGUAUCACCUAAUUCAAAAAAGCUUAAUAUAGACUUUGAAAAUUGGGUUUGAUACAUGUGCAGUGACUACUGUUCACAGACUUGUAAUGUGGUUCUGAUGUGCAGUGUGUACCCUACUAGGUAUGUAUUUGCAUUUGAUGUAUGCUUCUGAUUUGGUGGGUAGAUAAAAUAAAUAUAUAUAAAUAUAUGUAGAAGAUCAAGAAUCUUCAAACAAAACAGUAACUUUGGGAAAAAAAUUGCAUUGAAUAUGGUAUGGGAAUCUCUCGAAAUAAGGCAGCAGAAUUUUUCAAGUCCUUAAGUACUUUUAAAGCUUCCAUAGAAGUGUUUAGGAUAUUGUCUAAGUAACAAUUUAUAGGAUCAAGAUCACAUUUUCUGGUAGUCUCUUCUGCCUCCCCUUCCCUACAGCAUAGGGACUGUAUCUCACUUAAAAUUUUGGAAGGCAGAAAGUUAAAAAAAAUCCAGCAGAAAUGAUCCUUUUUUUUGUUUGUUUGUUUUGUUGGUUUUUUUUUUUUUAAUGUAGAGCUUCUGGAGGAAAGAAUAAAACACUCUAAAGUAGAUGAGUUUUUAUAGUUGGAGCUGUGGUGUAAAGUGUUCCUAUUCAACUGCAAUUGAAAGCAAGUCUUACAACUUGGGUUUUUGACUAUCAUCUUGUAAAUGCUGGUGCCCCACACCUGAGCUGAGGAGCAGGAGAGGGGACAGCAUUGCAGUUAGAGGGGCACACGUGCCUAACAGUAGAUCUGCUGUUGCUCCAUACAACCCCAAAGGUUGCUGAGGAGAGCUGAGCGACGGCGCGGCUCCGUUUGUUCGGCUGGUUUACUUUGUGCACUUUGCAGCACUUUGUGUAUAGUCAGUCUCACUGGUUCCCCAGGUGCAGACAGAGUCACUCACUCCUGCUGUUUGGAUGCUUGUUCCAGUAACAGGGGGAGAUGGGGAAUGGAUGGAGGGCAGUGGAAUGGAAUAGUGUGUAUGCAAACUCAUGCCAUUUGCAAUACAGGUCUUGGACAGGCCUAGAAACUACUUGUUACUUGUUCUUUAAAGGGUGGAUUUCCAAAGGAAGGUCUCCAUUUAGGAGAAUCAUCCCGAUACCCUCCUUUUCUCAUCCUGAAUUUCGAAGUAACUGGAAAAUGUGCUUGAUGUCUCCUUCCUUGAGGGAAUAAAUAAUGUCCCUCCAUCUGUGCAAUGUGGACGUAGAAAAAAUUGGGAUCAGUCUGUAGAAUAUUAUGACAAUGUUUGUCUCCAGGGAUGACAGUCAGAGUCCACACAAUUUGCAUUCUUUUUUGUUCCUCUUACUGUAUCCUACACAGCUGAACUUGGAUCAGUCUGUCAGAACUGAAGUGGUUCUACAGGGAUAAAGUCCUUCUACAAAAACAUAUGAUAGACCUAGUAACCAGUGCACUGUUUGUUAGUUAGAACAGAUAAAAGUCCGUAAUAGAUACUAAUCUACCACUCAAGGUGUAGUGGUAGAAAAGGAAGUCAAAAUCAUAAAGCUGUAAGCCUUGUUUAGUUUUCUAUUUUGUACUCGUUAUAUGGACUCUAAAAUCUUGUACAGUACCUUAUUCCUAUCUUAUAUUCACUCAAAGGAUGCUCCUCCCCCUAACUGCAUUAAACUGUUGUGUUUGCCAGUGCAGUUGCUGGUUCCUGCCUGUGUGUCACAGUUCUCCUGCUGCACCCAGGAGACGAUGGGACUGACCCAAACGCAUAAUGUCACCAUUCCUGGGUGCAGGGUAGUUCUCCCUCAGACACAGAUCCUGUCCAUGAGACAGACAUUGGGGAUUCUCAGUGUCCCAUGUGGAUGCUUACCCUCCAGUAUUCUUUUGAGAACUGAAAUUAAUCUGCCAGAUAGGUCUAAAAUUUAAGAUACACUUACAUGAAAUGCAGUUUUGUCUUGCUCCUGUGUGCUGUUUGUAUGUUUGCAAGGACACCUUGAGUUCCUUAAAAAUGGUUUCCACAGCUGGCCUCAUAUUUUCUUUUCUUUCUCGAAACAAUUAACACAGUAAAGUUGCACAAGUGGAGCUCUUUAUUUGUUGAGUUUAAUCCUUGCAUUUUUUGAGUCCUGAACCUUGUUUUUUUCAGUUUCUCUUCAAUCAUGACUUGCUACAAUAUCAAAGGGAAAGGACCCAGGGGACACACACUGUGUGUGUGGGAAGGGGGGGAGAUACCUUGAAAAAACUGGAAGUGUUAUUGUUGCACAUAAAUUGGGUGGUGCUUUCACUGUCUUUUCCCUCCUACUGGUAAUAUCACGUGCAUGUAAAACAUGCUGCGUUAAAACUUUUUUAAAUGGAAAUCAUGGUGGCAUAGUGCUCAAAGGGUUAACUGCAGUUUAUUAACAGCUAAUGUUUUUAGAUUUGCAGUACACAACUGUUUAAAUACUGUAUUCCUUGUAAAUGAAGUAAGAAAAAAUGUUAAGGCUGGUGCCAAUAUUUUUGUUAAUGAAUUGUUCAGCGUUGUCUCUCACUACAGUCUGGUCAGAACUCUUUGUGUAUAAGCUGGGCCUGAAGCCAUUUUAUAGCUUGUAGGCCUAAUUGUGUAACUUUUCUUUCAUAAUGGUUUUGUUAUAAUAUCUACUGUCAUUUCUUUCAUAUAAAUAUG